UUUGAUAGAAUUUUUAAAAAGAAAAUGCGGAUCAUCCAAAUCUUUCUUGUUUCUUUCCUCAUCAGCUGAACUAUAGCAGAGGUCUAUGAGCCUGAAACUUAUGAUGAAUGUAUCAUCAAAAUCUAUGAUCUAAAACCAAAGGUAACAAACCUAGUGUUUUAUGACCCAACAACUGAAAACUCAGUCAUGGGAAAACCAGAAGAAGACUCUGGGUUCUUUGGUAACAUCUUCCAAUCAGUAGGAAACCUCUUUACUUCAGCAAAACCUACAGUGAGAGAUGUGAUCAAAGAUCUAGGCCAGACUGGUGAGGUUUUGAAGAUAGAUGUCACCAACCCAAACCUUGAACCACUGAUGGAAGAUUAUAAUGUUGAAGCAACCCCUUAUAUCGUUGUUCUUAAAAAUGAUGCAGUUCUGUAUUCUGGACACGAAAAGCCUACUCUGCCCAGUGAAAACUCAGAGGGAGAAGAUUUGAGCAACAAAGCAUCAGCUGAAGCAGUUGAGAGCCAAAAGCAAAAAGGUCUUGAGCAUGAUUUAUACUCAUUAAUAGAAGAUACAGAACCAACUUCUAUAGACUCACCAAACUCAGCUUCUGAAUCAAUAAUCGGUGAAUCUGAAGUUAAAUCAGAAGCUACUCUAAUUAAACCAAAAACAAUGUCUUAUCCUAAGCCAGCCAAGGUUGAGCCUGCUCAGUCCCCUCAAUCAGAUCCAAAAUCAUCUCAAGCUUCAGGUAUGACUUUGAAGAAGCAUGAAAAUGCCACCACAUCAGCAAUUUCUGCUCCAAAGGAAGCUGCUUUGGAAAAUAUCGAUCAGGAUUGGAAAACUAUUCUUCAGAAAGAAGAAAGAAUUGCUGAGAAGAUCAAGGGUAUUUAUGAUGAAGACAAAAAGUUAUCUGAAACCUUAGAAGAAGCUGAAGACGAUAUUCACGAGUCAGAGGAACUCUUUUAUCAAGCUAAAAAUGCUAUUGAUAAAACUCUUCAAGAAUCAGAACAGCAAAUGCUACAGUAUGAAUCUGAGCUUGAUAAACUUUACAAUGCAAGAUUAGCUGCUAAAAAGGCUAGAGAAGAUCUGUAUCACCCAUAUGGAAACCGAAUUCCUACUAAAGAUGGAUACCAGAAGCCUACAAAGAGUAGCCAAUAUAAGCCAGUGAGGAAGAGACAGCAGGGUCCUCCAAAGAGUGCUAAUUUCCAUGAUAUGCUUCGCUCGACUGACACAUCUUCAACAGGUAUUUCCAACUAAGCCA